UGCCUGUGUAUUGAAGAGGGAAGAACGAAGAAGACCCACGGCCCGCGCUCGUUGCCUCUUGCUGCUUCUCACUGCCUGAGCCUCUCGCCGCCGGCUUUAGAGAAGAAAGCCGCCGCCUCUCUGAAGCCUCUCGCCGUCUCUCACUGCGGCCCUCUUCACCGCCUCUCGCCGCUGCCCUUUCUUAAGCUUGCCGCUGCAGGGCCGUCGCCUACGACCGCCGCCGCACAGCCUCCUCUUAGUGGGUUUCUAGGAGAGAGGAGCUGUUGGUAGAGAUACAACAAAGAAAGCUUUGGUUCUCGGCUUGUACAGAAAGAUGGGAGAACAACAGUAUUUGAUAGACCUUGGAAAUCUGAUGGCCUUCGAUCCUAGCCACCAUUUUCCGUCUCCUCCGUCUUCCAGGGAGGAGCUUGUAACGGAAUGCCUGCAAAAGGGCGCGAAAUUGGUUCAAGCACUUGCAGAUGCUCUUUUCAACUUACCUUCCACUGAAGACCCUGAUGGGCCGACUGUCACGUUGCCGCCACCAACGACUAAAUUGCCAAGGGCGAAGCCUCUGCCAAAGAAAAAACCUCCUACGAGAUGGGAAGUGUUUGCUCAAAGGAAAGGUAUAGUAAAGCACAAAAAAGACAAGGUUGUAUAUGAUGAACAGACUGGUACUUGGAAGCGCCGCCAUGGUUAUGAUCGUGUUAAUGAUGAAAGAGAUGUUGCCAUCAUUGAGGCAAAGGAAACUGAUGAGCUAGGACAAGAUCCUUUUGCUAAGAGACGAACAGAUAAGAAGCAGCAAAUUGCAAAGCAAGAGAAGAAUCGAUUGAAGAAUUUGAAAGAAGCUGCAAAAGUUGGCGCCCUUCCAAGCCAUAUUCAAUUGGCUGCUACAUCUCUGCCCAUAACAGGAACUCAAGCUGCACCAAAGAAAGCUACCAAACAAGAACUUGAAAAUGUUGCUGGCAUGGCUGGAACCUCAACUGCCAGUGGCGGAAAAUUUGACAAGAAGCUUCCAGGAGAAAAGCCCCCAAAGCAUGAAGGGAAAUAUCGCAAGUACUUGCCCGUUGUUGAAGGCUCAGGAAUGGGCUCGUUAGAGAAGCAGCAAACUGAAAAGGUCCUGAACAAGUUAAUAUCAAAAAAUUCCCAUGAUAUUCUGAACGUUGAGAAGGCCGUGAAUAUGUAUAAUGUGAAGAAAGAAAGGAGGCAAAGGAACAAACAAGGGACGUCUUCUUCAUCAACCUCGGGCAAGUUGAAAGCAAAGAAGAAACCUCUCAAGAAAACGUCCAAAAAGGGAUCAUAUUCGAACAAAGGAAAAUCGAAAUAAAAUCAGCUUUAUAAAACCUGACCUUGUUUUGUUACCAAGGCUUUGUUAAUCAAAAACGAAGUGAUAUUAUCCUUUAGUGAAGUUGAUGUUUAGUUCCUGAGUUUUAAGGAAAUCUCACUCACCAUUGCAUGAUUUUUUUUCUCAUGUUCGCACCAGUAUGAUGUAUUGAAGAAGCAGCAAAAGGGUCAAUAAUCAGGAAGAACACCAUAAGAUUUGGCCCGUAUUCCACCAUCCGAAACCGUAAUAGUAUUGGUAUGUUUUUGUCUGCGGUGAUAAUUAGAUUAGGCCUAAGAGAUUACAUUCUGCAUAGAGAUUCCUCUUCUACUACUAGGCAUCCUGUGCUUGCCUGUUGUUGUUGAAGGCACUGGAAUGGAAGUUUUGUUAAAUGAAAGUGAGAAGCAGCUAGGGGUUCAUAAUUGAGAUGAACAUCAUAAAGAUUUCUACUGAAUCAUUUUUAUUCAUUAA